GCUCGGCGCCCUCCCCGAAGUUGAGCGAAAAGUUUGAGGCUGGAGGCAGCGAGGCCGCGCAGUCAGCGUUUACUCGGCGCUCCGGUUGCUCCACAGUUGCGAGACUGAGCCCGGGACCGGCUGUGUUCAGCUCUAGGCCACUGUGGGGAACGGAGAUAGCGCUUCCCCAGGAAACUGGACCGACUGGGGUACCGCUCCAGACUCCACCAGUGCGGUCUCCUCUCCCUCAGAUCCGGCAACCGCAGGGAAUGACGCGGGUGCCCCCAGAGCCCCGGCAACGGGCGGGGAGGGCGAGCCCCACAGCCGUCACCAAGACGCCCGCCUGGGCAGCACCGAUAAGGAGCUGAAGUCAGGAGCCACCGCCGCGGACAGCGUCUGGACAGCGUCGGGGACCCCUCGGCAGCGGGGGCCGCGGGCCGAGGUCAUGGAUGCAGCGGGCGGCUCCCGGAACCCGCUCCCAAGGCCCUGCCACGUGCUGGUGCUGUUAAAUCCGCGCGGGGGCAAGGGCAAAGCCCUGCAGCUCUUCUGGAGCCACGUGCAGCCGCUGCUGGUCCAGGCCGACGUCUCCUUCACGCUGAUGCUCACUGAGCGGCGGAACCACGCCCGGGAGCUGGUGCGCACCGAGGACCUGCGACGCUGGGACGCGCUGGUGGUCAUGUCCGGGGACGGGCUGAUCCACGAGGUGGUGAACGGGCUCAUGGAGCGGCCUGACUGGGAGACCGCCAUCCAGAAGCCCCUGUGUAGCCUUCCAGCCGGCUCUGGCAAUGCGGUGGCCGCUUCUUUGAAUCAUUACGCCGGGUACGAGCAGGUGACCAACGAAGACCUCCUGACCAACUGCACCCAGCUGCUGUGCCGCCGGCUGCUGGCGCCCAUGGACCUGCUGUCCCUGCAGACUGCCUGCGGGCAGCGCCUCUUCUCCGUGCUCAGCCUGGCGUGGGGUUUCAUCGCCGACGUGGAUCUGGAGAGCGAGAAGUUUCGGAGGCUGGGUGAGAUGCGCUUCGCUCUGGGCACCUGCCUGCGCCUGGCGGCCCUGCGCACCUACCGGGGCAGCCUGGCCUACCUGCCCGCAGAAACGCCGGCCUCCAGGGGGGCACCCGCCCCGGCUCGGGCCCCGCAGGGCCCCGCGGACACCCACGUGGUUCCCCUGGAGCAGCCAGUGCCCCCUCACUGGACGGUGGUGCCGGAGCAGGACUUCGUGCUGGUGCUGGCGCUCCUGCACUCCCACCUGGCCAGUGAGCUUUUCACUGCCCCCAUGGGCCGCUGUUCGGCCGGCGCCAUGCACCUGUUCUACGUGCGCGCCGGCGUGUCCCGGGCCACGCUGCUGCGCCUCUUCCUGGCCAUGGAGAAGGGCAGGCACAUGGAGUACCACUGCCCCCACCUGGUGUACGUGCCUGUGGUCGCCUUCCGCCUGGAGCCCAAGGACGGGAAGGGUGUGUUUGCUGUGGAUGGGGAACUGCUGAUCAGCGGGGCUGUCCAAGGCCAGGUUCUCCCCAACUACUUCUGGAUGGUCAGUGGCUGCAGGGAGUCCCCACCCUCUCUGAAACCGCAGCCCUCACCCCGAAGGAGGUCUCAGCAGAGGCCGCCCCCAGCAGAGCGCCGGUGACUCCGUGCCUUUAUCUACUUGGUUUACCCUCUGCUCAGGCUCCCCACCCCCUUCUCCCUCCGCCAGGACUGGAGGGCCUAUCCACAGCGCAGGUGGUGAGUUGGGAGGAGGAGGGGGAGGGAGACGCCUGGAGAAGGGUGGGAAGGACAGGCUCUGCCCACCAAAGGCCAGGUGGAGUGUUGGACUAGCAGCAGGGAAGCCACCCUUGAAUCAGAUCCGAAUAAAGUGACAUUCCCAGCC